GCUAGCUGUAGAGGACAAACCAAUGUGAACAGGCACGUUUCUGAAAGUUUUUGCAGAUCCUCUUUGCCAUGGCUGUGGCACAGGUCUGGCCAGUGCUUGCUGUCCUAAUAAUUGUGGUCGCACCUGCACUAUCGCAGGCACAGAUUUUUAACUGGCUUUGGGGUACCAAACAAGCAACCUCUGUUGCCCCCCCAAGCACGCUGCCUCCAGUCUUGACUACUGCUGCUGCAGAACUUCUACCAGCUACAUCCCCGCCAGGAGAUGGAAACCUCACUGAAGCAGUGGCAGCUACAGACCGAAACUCAUCCACAUCACAGUCUGUAAAGGACCUGACACCUGCAACGUCUCCAUCAUCAGAGCCUGCAGCUACAACAGCUCCAUCCACAGCUACUAAGCCUCUGUCUACUCCAUCUGAUGGAACCUCUGUCCCAGCAGCUGCAACAACAAAUGCCAGCACAGGAACGAAAGACAGUCAGCAUCCCAGUACUGUGACUGCACCAGUCUCAUCCGACAGUCGGCAGCAGGUUCUACAGUCACCCAGCACUGUCAGGAAGCCGCAGGACCAGAACAUAUUUAGUAUUUUUCAGAUUCACGAGGACGAGGUGAAUGUGGACUCUGCCCAGACUUCACCACCGACAUCUAAGGAAGAAUUCACCUCUGUGCCUGGCACUACGACGCCUGAAAAGAUUACAGAUAAGGAGAAUAUCGCCGGCGUGGGAGCCGAGAUCUUGAAUGUUGCGGAAAAUAUUCGAAAUUUCAUGAAUGUUUGGGAAGAAAAUCCAGAGGAGAGCUCCCAGGCCCCCACGAAUCACCCACCUGCCCUGCACGGGCUGCAGUCUGUGACCAAUGCGACCGUGCACGGUGAUCAGAUAAAUGAGAGCGCCAGUUUAAGUCAGGAUGGCUCAGGGCAGAACGAGAACAAUAUCACAGCCACACAAAAACCUAGCCAGAUUUCCAGCUCCGGCAACCAGACAUUGAACGUCACUCAGGUGUCCCCAGGAAAUCUUACAUCACCUCAACCAGAACAGGGAAACUAUGAAGUCGGCCUGUUACAGCUCAUUGGAGAUCCACCACCGGAACAGAUCACCCAAAUCUUUGGUCCUGACAGGAGUCCUGGAUAUGUGUUCAAAGAGGACGCCAACACCGGACAGGUGGCACAGUACCACCUCCCGAACCCAUUGUUUAGGGACUUCUCUCUGAUAUUCCACAUUCAGCCGACCACUAACAAGGCUGGAAUUCUAUUCUCGAUUACUGACGCCUCACAGACCAUAAUGUACGUCGGGGUGAAGCUGUCUGAAGUCAAAGAUGGUAAGCAGCAGAUUAUUUUUUACUACACAGAGCCGGGCUCCGUGAAAUCCUAUGCUGCCGCCACCUUUAAUGUCCCAUCACUGAGGGACCGUUGGACGCGUUUCGCCUUAAGUGUGGAGGAAGAGGAGGUUGUGCUGUUCAUGGACUGUGAUGAGCUGGAACGGGUACGAUUCGAGAGGUCACCUGACGAGAUGGAACUAGAAGAGGGUUCCGGGCUUUUCAUCGCUCAGGCUGGAGGUGCUGACCCUGACCGUUAUCAGGGAGUAAUAGCAGAGUUAAAAAUUAAGAAUGACCCCAGGGCAGCGGAACUACAGUGUGAUGAAGAAGGAGAUGAUUCCGAUGUGAUCUCUGGAGACUUCGGCAGCGGCCUUCCAGAAAAAGAGGUGGUAGAGGUUACUCGGGCACCACCAAGAAUCAAGGAACAAGCACCCAUCACAGUACCUCCCAUACAGAGACCCUCCGUGGUGAAAGAGACUGUGAUCACAAAGGAGACUAUACAAAGAGUGGAAGUAGCAGGUCAGCCUGGGCAGAAAGGAGAGAAGGGAGACAGAGGACAGAAGGGCGACUUUGGACUAACUGGUCCUAAAGGGGAGACCGGAGUCAGUACAAGCUCAGGCGUGGAGUCUAGAGGAGAAAAGGGCCAAAAAGGAGAACUUGGAGUCAAAGGUGGUGCAGGGUUCGGGUAUCCGGGAGUAAAGGGACAGAAAGGAGAAUCAGGACCUUCCGGCCCACCAGGGCCAGCUGGUCCCCCAGGGCCGUCAGUUUUGCAGAAGAGUGAUGGCAGCACCGUGCAGCAAGUCACAGGACUCCCGGGUCCACCCGGUCCCCAGGGACCUCCAGGAAAUGAAGGAGAACCUGGUGAUCCUGGGGAAGAUGGCAAAGCUGGUGAAAUUGGACCUCAGGGCUUCCCAGGAACCCCAGGUGAUGCCGGCCAGAAAGGAGACAAGGGAGACGUUGGAGUUGGCAUUAGAGGUCUUCCUGGACCACCAGGGCCACCCGGACCACCAGGCCUAGGUUCCAAAAUGGAUAAAUUGACAUUCAUUGAUAUGGAGGGUUCUGGAUAUGGGGGUGAUCUGGAAAACAUCAGGGGACCACCUGGUUUGCCUGGUCCACCGGGUCCUCCUGGCGUACCCGGAUUACCAGGUGUACCAGGACAGUUUGGAACGAACACCACGACAUUACCAGGUCCCCCUGGUCUACCUGGUCGCCCCGGAACGGAUGGAAACCCCGGCCCCCCUGGUCUUCCGGGCAUCCCUGGAAAAGAUGGAGUCCCAGGGACCUCAGGCGUUCCUGGAGAGCGGGGUGAGGAUGGAGAUAUUGGACUUCCCGGAGCUCCUGGUCAAAAAAACAAAUUGCCUCCCAUCCCCUCCUAUCUAAGGGAGAUUCUCGCUCAAUUUUCCCAUGAGGCAGUUUCCCAGGGCAGUACUGGGGAACCUGGAGUUCCAGGUGUCAAUGGAGAAACAGGGUUUGCUGGGCUUCCUGGACCAAUUGGACCACGUGGAUUGCCCGGUCCCCCAGGACCUCCAGGUCCAGCACGUGGAUUUGCAGUUGGAUUUGAUGACAUGGAAGGUUCUGGAGUUGGUUAUGGCGGUCGAGGGUCACAGGUUUCACAGGGUAUACAAGGAAUCCCUGGGCAAAAGGGAGACCAAGGAAAUCCAGGGUUUUCGGGACUAAAGGGAGAUCGGGGACCAGGUGGCUUGGAUGGCAGACCGGGAUUGGAUGGAUUCCCAGGUCCAGAGGGUCCAAAGGGAGAUAAAGGAGAUCAAGGUGAACGGGGGGAACCUGGCCGUGAUGGAGCUGGACUUCCUGGUCCACCUGGACCUCCUGGUCAAAUCAUUUACAGAUCAAGAGAGAGCACAGAAAUAAUUGGAGGAGGUAAUGGAGAGGGCCGUAAUAGUGGCACUGGACUACAGGGCCCCAGAGGAUUUAAAGGAGAUCAGGGAGAUCAGGGUUACCCUGGACUGAAUGGACAGAAGGGAGAGAAGGGAGAGUCUGGAAUGAUUGUGGGACCUGAUGGCACACUACUUACCGGAACUUUCAAAGGAGAGAAGGGCGAGACGGGACCGAGAGGCCCAUUUGGACCCAUUGGACCCCUGGGCACACCUGGACAGAAAGGAGAAAUUGGAUUCCCAGGACGAUCUGGUCGGCCUGGUAUGAACGGACUGAAAGGAGAGAAAGGAGAGCCGUCUGAUUCCACUGCCUAUGGAGUCAGGGGACCACCAGGUCCUCCUGGCCCGCCUGGCCCCCCGGGGAACCCACAAUACCGUGAACCAAGUGCUGUUGGGCAACCAGGAUAUCCAGGUUCGAAAGGUGAGAGAGGAUUUCCGGGACCGAAAGGUGAUCAAGGAGAAGUUGGCCCUGUUGGUCCACCAGGAACCUUCCCAUAUGAUCUGAGUUCCUUGACAAGGGGAGAGAAGGGAGAAAAGGGAGAAUCUGGCGGUGGAGGAUAUGGCCAAGCAAUUCCAGGGCCUGCUGGUAAUCCCGGAUAUCCAGGUUUGCCAGGAAAUAAAGGUGAGAGCGUCACAGGUCCACCAGGCCCACGCGGACCACCAGGUGCUCCCGGCGUUGGAUAUGAAGGAAGACAGGGUCAACCAGGCCCUCCUGGUCCUCCAGGACCUCCCGGGCCUCAAUCGUAUCCCGGACCUAAUAGACCAGCUGUGAGCAUUCCAGGACCACCGGGACCUCCAGGACCACCGGGAAUCCCAGGAGGGGCUGCAGGAUCUUCUACGGCUACAGUGCUGCAGACGUAUCAGACCAUGCUCAGCUUGGGUCACACUAUGCGGGAAGGGACCAUCGUGCUGGUGCUGGAACAGGCAGAACUAUAUGUACGAGUGAGAGACGGAUUCCGGAAAAUUAUUCUCGGAGAUUACGCAACACUGAAUGGCGCUGGCCAGGGUAAUGAAGUGGCUGCGGAACAGCCGCCAGUGGUUCAGUAUCCUUCUGGCAAUCGAGACUCCGAGUACUAUCAAUCUAACGAUAAGAACGUUCCUGUGCCGCAGCCUCCCAGACUUCCAGAAAGAGAAGAGCGGCAGCCACCUCCAGUGUUUCCCAGACCCGCAGAGCCAGAGAGAAACGCUCCCACUCCUGUACACACACACCAGGAAUACCAGGCCGCGUUGCACCUGGUGGCUUUGAACGGUCCCUUGAGCGGCAGCAUGCGUUCCAUCCGAGGGGUGGAUUUCCAGUGCUUUGAGCAGGCUCGCAAAGCGGGACUUCAAGGGACAUUCAGAGCGUUCCUGUCCUCCCGCCUGCAAGAUCUCUACAGCAUUGUCCGGAAAGCUGACAGGCUCUCGGUGCCUAUUGUCAAUCUCAGGGAUGAAACACUGGUUGACAGCUGGGAGACACUCUUCUCCAGGUCCGAGGGACAGAUGAAUCCAGGAGCUCGGAUCUACUCAUUUGAUGGGAAAGAUGUUACAGCUGAUUCUACAUGGCCACAGAAGAUGAUCUGGCACGGGUCCGACACAAAAGGCCGACGUCUAACCGAGAGCUACUGUGAAACCUGGCGCACAGACGAGAGUGCAGUCACCGGCCAGGCGUCAUCUCUAUCCAGCGGGAAGCUCCUGGAGCAGCGUCCUCAGAGCUGCAGCAAAAACUUUAUCGUCCUGUGCAUUGAAAACAGCUUCAUGUCCACCGGCCAGAACUAAGAGCAGACUGAGCAGCCGGAGUGGUGUUUAUCCUGGCAGAGGCUGCACAUGGACUACCCAAGAUCCCAUCUCUUGCGUCCAGAGACCAAAGAGUCUGAAGCUGCUCUUUCCUGCUGAACACUUAUGUGCAGUGUUACUGUCCCAGCCUUUGAAGGCCACAUCCCUUGGAUACACUGGUUAAGCUAAUCCCUGCCUCAGCUACAAAAACAAAACAAUCCCUUUCAAUUUCACGUUGUGAAAGAGGCUGCAUUUCCAAAAAUGCUCUGAGAAUCCACCUGAGAUCAUAUUGAUUCUAGCUGUGCCAUCUACAUCCAGUCUUCUCCAGAGCACGGGGUUCACCCAGUUGUACUAAGAGGAAGCCAGCCUAUGAGAGCACGGCAGUAGUGCGAUGGGUGCAGAGCUGAUGGGUGCCUCAAACCCUUGGCUUCUUUGCACCCGAGUUAAAAUACUCUCUAUUUUAUUCUGUAAUAUUUAACCACUUUUAGUUACAGAGACACACACAUAUCUCUGCAUUAAUUUCUUGUCAAUGGCUGUUUCCUAGUUCUCUCCUUGAUAAACACCAGGUCAUCUCCACAAUAUUUAUUAGAAAGCCAUGUAGAUGGAAAUGUUGUGGACCUAAAGUGUUUAGUAAGCAGUGUCAACCUCAUUCCAGUCCAUCCACUCUGUGCCCACCAGGCGCUCAUACGGUUGACAUCCGUUAAGUAAAUAUACAGUUCUCACUAUGUUGUGGCUGCUCUAUACUUGAUCUCAAUGUACGGAUGAGGGCAUGUUUUGCCACUUUACCCUUCUAGUUUGUAAUACAGGAUGAAUGUGUUUAGGAGUCUUUGUUAUGUAUUUGCUUAUACACUUUUACGUGUUCGGAUGAGAUAAAGGAAAGAUGAGCAAGGGUCCACCUAAGCCUGACCGUUCCCAGCUCCACCAGGAAUGUACACAAUAAGGUUUACAAUCCAAGUACACACAGCUGUGACCACUGCAAAACCAAGAGGACAUCACAUUAUUUAAUAUCACAUUUUUCUUUUUUUUUAUAUUUUUGUGUUGCAGUACCUUGCUGUACCCCUAGGAGAACCACAAUGUCGUAGAACAGUCUGUAAAUGUAACUGUCACUAGGCUUUCAAGAACGAUGAUGUUCCAGUCACAAGCAGAUAGGAAAAUUGCAAAAAGCAUUACCAUGACAAUGCAAGAAGGCUGUUUCUAGCAAGCCAGCCCUUAGUCUGGUCAUUUAAAAAUACAAAGGAAUAUAUAAUAACAAGCUAUGUGUACUUAUUGAUUAUAUAAAGACUACAAUAUACUGAGAUAUUUGCAAGCAAACAUACCCACACACAGUAUUUAUAUAUAUAUAUAUAUAUAUAUAUAUAUAUAUAUAUUAUUUUCUUUAAUUAAUACAUUUUAGAAGACUGAUGUUUCUAUCCUGUUAAUGAAGAUAUAAGUGCAUUAUUCUACUUGCAUUACAUAGCGCCAAGCCGCAGUGCUGUACAAUAUUGAUGAGGCACUGUUAUACACUGGAUAUUAGAAGGUUUUUACAUUUCUGUAUAUCGUUAUGGGGAGAUUUAACAAAGCAAACCAAGUACCAACCAAUCAGCUCCUAACUGUACUUUAUCUCUUUCCAAGGCUUGAUACAUUUCCCCCUAUAUCUUGAUAACUCUCCUCAGUCAGAGGGUAGAAGCAUCAGUAUUUACACACACAGAGAGAUUAUACAGGAUUACAGUGAGAUACUCGGUCACUGCUUGUCGCAACAGGAACGUCUGCUCAACGAACUCUCUAAAGUAAUGCGCAGCCUAAACUGCAGGCAGUUACAGAUGGCAGGGGUAUUGCAAUGCAUUCUGCAUUCAGGCCCACAGCGGACAUCACUACAUGCGACACAACCCACCGGCCGCUGCCAUGCGCCUCUAGAGCGCCACACUUACUCCAGCGGACCAGCACCUGAGUUGCUGAAGUGAAUGGUGUUAAUCUCUAGUAAUUGUUAUGUCAGGAUUAUAUUGUGCAGAAACGGUGCCCUGUAAUAGCUGAAGUCUGGUGGUUCCAGCUUUCUACCUGUGUACAUAUAAGCCGUAGGACUUGUGCGGCUGGGAACGCGCUCAGGUGUAAGGUACGAUGCUGUCAUCGGAAGACAUGAAUCCCUCAUACAUCUAAAAGGUGCUAAAAAAAAUCUAUAUUGUUUUUUUCAACUGCUUUUAGAAUAUUUUUGCGACAGGAAACAGAUGGAAGUCGUUUACCACUAUCUUUGUAUUUUAAAAGAAAUUGUGGAUAUUUUAGUUCAUUUCUAUAAAUACUUCCUAGGACUAA